GAGGGAGAGAGGGAGAUCAGCAACACCCAGCCACCAGCACCUUUCAAGGUGCUUUGCUUUCUGAAGAUGGGACGUAAACUGGAUCUUUCCAAACUUACAGAUGAAGAGGCCAAACAUGUUUGGGAAGUGGUUCAACGGGACUUUGAUCUCCGCAAGAAAGAGGAAGCACGUUUAGAAGACCUGAAAGGCAAGAUUGAAAAAGAAAGCACAAAGCGAGAACUAUUGUCCACUCAGUCUCAAAUAAAUGAAACUCACUGCAUCCACUGCCUGCAGCCCUUCAAGUUCCUGGUAAACAGCAAGCGGCAAUGUUUAGACUGUCAGUUGUACACCUGCAAGAACUGCAGCCGUUUCAACAAAAGGGAGCAAGGUUGGGUGUGUGAUCCAUGUCGCUUAUCCAGGAUUGUGGAGACUGGAACUCUGGAGUGGUACUAUGAGCACGUGAGAUCUCGUUUUAAGCAAUUUGGAAGUGCCAAAGUCAUGCAAUCUCUUUAUGGAAGGAUGAAAAUGAAUCCUACCUUUCUUGGCAUGGGCAAGGGCCUUGGUCUUCAUGACAGAGUGUACAGCUUGCCAAACAUUAACAGUGAUUACCAGUUCUACAAUGAGAAUGACAGAAGUGAGGAGGAGGAGACUAGUGAUGCCAUCAGCAGCGCUGAGGCUGAGGGCUAUUCUGAGAUGCGCCAGACAAAGCGCCUGCUCUCUGUCCACCCCUUUGAUUUUGAAAUGGACUCGGAAUAUUCUGCUCAGUCUCGGCGCCAAUCUAUGCAGCUCUCACCAGGUCCUGACGGUGAAGGCCUUCAGGCCUUCGCAGAAUUUCCAGGUGCUGAGGAAAGUGCUUCGCAGAAAGAAUCCAUGAUAGCUGAAGCAGACCUGGCUGCCGCGUUCUACCAUAUCUUGCAGGAGCAGGGGCAGCGGACGUCUCCUCCAGAGCAGGAGUUCAGCACUGAGGUCCUGCUGGCCACAAACUCACACCCUAAAGUGCUGGAAAAGCAACACAAGGCUGACAUUCUGUGGAACGAACAGCACCAAUCCUCCUAUUCAGCUGAUAUGGACACUUCUGAUGAAGAUACGAAAGGAGCCCAGAAGUUACUUGCCCAUCAGCCUCAUCACCCAAAGCGUAGAAGCCAGGCCUCAUCCCAGGAAAAUAUAAACCACUCUGGAAAUCAGAUACUUGAAUUGAACAAACGCAUGUCAGCUAUCGAAUGUAUGCUGAACCGUCUUGAGGAAAAGAUCCUGGUUCACUCAGAGCCUUUGGCUCCUGAGUCUCAAAUGGAUCCUAACAUAGAAGAGAAGGAACUGAAGAGAAAACUAGAAGAGAUGGCAAGUAACAUCAGUGACAAAGCAGUUUCUUCUGAAGAAGAAGAGGGAGGAGGGGGAAAGAAGACCAACGAGUGUGAGGCAAAGAUGAGCUCGUCCAGUGAUGACCUACCCAUUGAUGCUAAGGAGGUAUGUCUUUCUGAUGGAAGGGCAUAUGGGCCAGAGAAGAAGCUGGGAGCCCAGACUGACCAUGCCCACCACAGUGCAGCCACGGAUUCAGAGCUGUCUGAACUCGAAGACAAAGUGGCUUUGGCAGUGGCUCAGGUGCAGCACACUGAAAGUGAGGUAUCUGAUAUAGAAUCCCGAAUAGCAGCUCUCAGUGCUGCUGGGCUGACCGUUAAACCCAUGGAAAAAUCCCGAAAGAAAAUGAGCAGCAAAGUAAUGUCUAUGCCGCAUGUGUUGAGGAGAAAAUUCAACACCCCUCUUGAAAUUGCAAGCAACGCUGAAUCGUUUGCUCGGAACUCCUGCUACAGAGGAUCUUUGACACAGCGAAACCCAAAUGGCAGAAACAGGAAAGCAGAUCAUAUAUUUGCGGCAAGUAUUCAGGAUCUAGUGCAUUCUCUUUAUACAGGCUGA